AUGGCAAAAGCUGGAAGCCAGGAGAACCCACGAACUUACGAAAACGAGGCCUCGUUGAAGUUGAGCGAAGAGUUUAAGCCUAAAUCACAAGUUGCCAAUCCUGAUGGGAGUCCGAAUCCUGAAGCGAGUCCCAAUCCAGAACAGAAUGGAGAGAAGAGCAAGGAUUCCAACUUCAAAACUGUUCGAAAAACUGUGGAUUUUGAGGAAAGCAAUAAGGCAAAGGUAAGUUACAGUUCCCGCGAAUUUUCAAAAAAACAUUUUUCUCAAGUAUACUGUAACUUUUCUUUGGGUACAAGACAAGUUUAAGGUACAACAAGUAGUAAGGUAGGGUAGGGUAGGGUAGGUGAGGGUAGAGGAGGUAAAAGUAAAGCAUUUUGGUUUAGGUACAGUAAUGUAAAACUAACUUUAUAUGAUUCUAGAAAAAAGUAAUGGCAGCUAUUAUGGCCGACAAAAACAGCCACAAUCCUGAAGACGAUCCGGAAUAUGUGUGUUGUUGGAAUUUCAAGAUUCAUGUAAGUUUUUGCUUAUUUUUUGUUACUUUUUGCUUUGUAAAGAAAGUUAUUGCAAUUUUAAUGUUUCUAAAGAAAGUUCUUGCCAUUUCCAUAAUAAAAAUGACAUUUUCCAGUUUAUUGUCCUAAUCAUGGCCAUUUUCUUUGGCUUGUGCUCGUUUAUCAGUGCUGUGGAGCGGAUCUACACCAGCAAAGUGAAACAAAGGGAAAGAUCGAAUGAAAUGUUGUAUAUAGGCAUAAUGCUGUUUGUUACCGCUGUUGCAAACGCAUUUCUAAUUGUUGGCAACCGGCUGCGAGUGAAACAACUGUAUUGGGUCUACUUUUUCUUACUGGUACCUUUUUUUAAAAUUUUUAAAAAUUUUGAAAUUUUUUUAAAAUCAAAAUUUUUUGUUUUGUAACUUAGAAAACACUAAUGUAAAACUGUGAAUACUUACAUUUUCAGAUGACCAGCAUACUUUUCAUAAUCAUAUUCAUGGAUGGGUACGUCAAGGAUACUAUUGAUGCACUAGUUCAGGAUCCACGCAAAUUUAAAACAGAACAACAAGCAUGGGCAGUCUACGAUUGGGCCGUACCAAGGGUUUUGAAGGCAGCAUUUACGUACUUUGUCCUAAUACUUCACGUCAUGAUCAGCUUCUACGUCUACCGCGACUACUGCUUCGUCGACGCUUAUCCGAGGAAUUUGAAAAUUAAAAAGUGA